AUGGGACAAGUUGCCUCUCUGCCUUGUAGGAGAAAGGAGUCUUACAUCACAGAACUAUAUGAAUGGUUCAGGACGUUUAUAAAUAAAUGUCCAAGUGGGCUGAUCACACUGCAUGAGUUCCAAAGACAUUUCUGCAAUGGAACAGUGGGUAAUGAGUCAGCUGAGUAUGCAGAACAGAUAUUCCGUGCACUGGACAACAACGAGGAUGGGGUGGUUGAUUUCAGGGAGUAUGUCAUGGCCAUCAGCAUGCUGAUUGAGGGUUCCUCAGAAGAAAAGCUGCGCUGGUCCUUUAAGCUCUAUGACAAAGACAGUGACGGAGCCAUCACACAGGAGGAAAUGCUGGAAAUCAUGAAGGCUGUUUAUAAGAUGAGCGAAGCAGCAGCUUCCACCAAACUCAACCCACUUACAGCUGAAGAAUGCACCAACAGGAUAUUUGUGAGACUGGAUAAAGACAAUGAUGCGAUCAUCAGCCUGGAGGAGUUCGUUGGGGGAGCACUGGCUGACGACUGGAUCAGGAAGAUGCUAGAAUGUGACCCCAAUACUGUGAAUGUGGAAAGACCCCGAAAGAGUGUUACUGCUUUAGGGACCAGUGGGUAAACUGAAAGCUGGAACACUGUACUUUUGCUCAGGGUGAUGAAGGCAAUUUACGUUCAGCAUCUGUUGAAAUCCAUUGCUGAAAACGCUGAGCGCUGAUGGACAGUGGAGCAGGCGGAGCACCAACAGAGCAGAAACUGGCCUGCCAGGUCACAGCAAAGGCGGAAAAGCCCACCCGGUGCAGCCUGUUAAAAGCCUUACUUUUUAAACCAGCCUGCAGUAAGUUCUUAGUGCGUGUGGGUGUGCUUUAUAUAUUCUGCUAAUUUCAUAUAUUCUGCUCUGAUUGUUACUUUUCAUUAAUCAGUGUUUGUGGCACUUUAUUUUACUAACGCGGUUUGAAACUUGUCUGUCUUCUUUGUGUGGGGGGGAUUUUAUUGUGUGAAGCACUUUGUGUUACAUUUGUUUGUAUGUAAAGUGCUGUACAAAUAAAGUCGGACUGAUUUUUUUAUUUUAUUUUUUGCUACUGUGUUACCAUAUGUAUCCACGACUGUGCUGUUCAUUUGCUGGCGGUUUCUUUGCUCCUCAGUACAUGUCGUCGUCCCCUGCCUCACUCAUUGUGUGUUUGUUGAUGGAUACUAAGCGUCCUCAUUAAAGAGAUGCUUCAU